AUGCCCAGAGCACCCCGGAGGCCACACCGACAAUACCCCGGAGGCCACACCAAGUACCCACAAUACCCCGGAGGCCACACCAAGUACCCACAAUACCCCGGAGGGCACCCCAAGUACCCACAAUACCCCGGAGGCCACACCAAGUACCCACAAUACCCCGGAGGCCACACCAGGUACCCACAAUACCCCGGAGGCCACACCAGGUACCCACAAUACCCCGGAGGCCACACCAAGAACCCACAAUACCCCGGAGGCCACACCAAGUACCCACAAUACCCCGGAGGCCACACCAAGUACCCACAAUACCCCGGAGGCCACACCAGGUACCCACAAUACCCCGGAGGCCACACCAAGUACCCACAAUACCCCGGAGGGCACACCAAGUACCCACAAUACCCUGGAGGCCACACCAAGUACCCACAAUACCCCGGAGGGCACACCAAGUACCCACAAUACCCCGGAGGGCACACCAAGUACCCACAAUACCCCGGAGGCCACACCAGGUACCCACAAUACCCCGGAGGGCACACCAAGUACCCACAAUACCCCGGAGGCCACACAAGUACCCACAAUACCCCGGAGGGCACACCAAGUACCCACAAUACCCCGGAGGGCACACCAAGUACCCACAAUACCCCGGAGGCCACACCAAGUACCCACAAUACCCCGGAGGCCACACCAAGUACCCACAAUACCCCGGAGGGCACACCAAGUACCCACAAUACCCCGGAGGGCACACCAAGUACCCACAAUACCCCGGAGGCCACACCAAGUACCCACAAUACCCCGGAGGCCACACCAGGUACCCACAAUACCCCGGAGGCCACACCAGGUACCCACAAUACCCCGGAGGCCACACCAAGUACCCACAAUACCCCGGAGGCCACACCAGGUACCCACAAUACCCCGGAGGCCACACCAAGUACCCACAAUACCCCGGAGGCCACACCAGGUACCCACAAUACCCUGGAGGCCACACCAGGUACCCACAAUACCCCGGAGGCCACACCAGGUACCCACAAUACCCCGGAGGGCACACCAAGUACCCACAAUACCCCGGAGGCCACACCAAGUACCCACAAUACCCCGGAGGCCACAUCAAGUACCCACAAUACCCCGGAGGGCACCCCAAGUACCCACCAGGGUCUACCAAAUCCCAGCAACUCUCGGACCAAGCCGACGUCGGACACCGCGUCCCAACCUGAAGAUCCAACCGGAACACGUUAA